AUGACUGCCUGCAGUGAGAUGGCCAAGAAACUUCCUCAUGAGAAACAAGUUUGCCUUCUGAAUUGUUUGGAAGCCUCUUUGGCAAUUUGUGGAAUGUGCAGUUUAAGUGCUUAUUUAGAGAUUGAUCCACCGGAAGAUGCUGUUGUAACAGUCUGUGGACAUGUUUUUUGGAAUCAGUGCAUAAGUGGGAAUUUAACAGAAGAAGUUCAGGAUUGUGCCUCAAGAACAAGUUCCUCAGAAUCCUCAGUUGAAGCUUCUCGUUCAGAAAAUUUGCCUGGGAAAGCUAAUGAAAAUCUAGACUGGAGUGGAUGUUCAAACACUUGGGUUAAGGAGACUUGUUGGAACAAUGUCUGUUGGUGCCAGAGACAAAGCCGUGAAAGAAUUCAAUACCAUUCCCGAUGUUACUGUUAUGAUAAUGUCUCUGAAAGCUGCAAGCCUUGGACUGAACAUGGUCGCUGCUUUUUUGCGGCUGGCAGUGAAAGAUACAGUAGAAGAUUGAACUUUGGCUCUUUAGCAAAAGAAGAGAAUUAUGGUUUCAUCUGCAUUUGGAGAGGAUGA